AUGGGUAAACGUAGUCGGAACGAGAGUACCAGCGGAGGGGAGAAAGCCAAUGGUAAAGAAAGUGCUGGUAGAUCAAUUUUUACUGAAAACAAGGCUGUCGACCCUACUCUAGCCUUGCUAUUUGCAUCAAGUGCUGGCCCAGUACAAGCUCCUCCUAAAUAUAGGUAUCAAGAAGCACCUUUGCCUCGUAGAAAUAUCGAAUCGCAGGAGGGAGAAUCAUCCGAGGUUUCUGACGAUGAUGAAGACGCCGAAGAUGUCGAAAUGGGCGAGGGUGACGAUGACUUGAGUAGCAUUGAAGGUGAUCUCGAGGAUGCUGAGAUUUCGGGUCUAUCUGCCGAGGAGGAUGAUACCAACGACAUACAUGACGAGGUACCCGAAUUGGAUAAAUUCAUCGAAGCUAAAAAUGAGAAACCCGAACGAAAACGUAAAAGGAAGACCGAUGAACCAGAUCUUGAAGGAAAGUACCUUGAGAAGCUGGCCAGGGAAGAAGAAAAGGAAGAGGAAGAACGCCAAGCCGAAAGACGAUUGAAGCGCCAGAAGUUAGCUGCAGAGCAAAAGCCGGUUUCAGAUGAAAAUAUGGAAGAAGGUGGUUCUGGUGAGGACGAGGAGGAUGCUGAUUCUGAUAGCGAAGCCGAAGCUGAAGCUGAGGAUGAUACAGAAGAAUCUGGUUCCGAGGAGAUAAGCCACAAGAGAAAGACGCCAUCCGAUGUUCCUUUACAUGAAUCUCUCGUACCAGAUAAGGAUGCUGCCGAGCUCGAAAAGGCAUCGCGUACUAUUUUCCUCGGAAAUGUAGCAAGUUCAACUAUAUCAUCUAAAGCCGACAAAAAGAUCCUUAUGUCUCAUCUGUCCUCUUUCAUUGAUGAUCUCCCUCCUCCCCCAGCUGGCAAACCAUCUCACAAAUUGGAAUCUCUCCGCUUCCGUUCCACUGCCUACGCUACUGCUGCAUUACCAAAGAAAGCUGCUUUUGCUAAAAAGGAUAUUAUGACUGCUACAACAAAAAGCACAAAUGCCUACGCAGUCUACUCUACAGCAUUUGCAGCCAGGGAGGCCGUUAAGAAACUCAAUGGGACUAUAGUACUAGAUCGUCAUCUUCGCGUAGAUGGCGUAGCGCAUCCUGCGAAGACCGACCACCGUCGAUGUGUCUUCGUUGGAAACUUAGGGUUUGUAGACGAUGAGUCUCUUCUUGAACAGGAUGGGGAAAAUAGCCGCAAACGGUCGAAAAUACCCUCUGAUAUCGAAGAAGGCUUGUGGAGGCAAUUUGGAAAGGCUGGUGAAGUAGAGAGUGUACGGGUUAUUCGCGACGAGAAAACUCGCGUCGGAAAGGGUUUUGCUUAUGUACAAUUUACCGACGCAAAUGCAGUUGAAGCUGCCCUACUUUUCAAUGAGAAGAAGUACCCGCCGAUGCUUCCUCGUAUUCUUCGUGUUGUACGCGCCAAAGCUCAACACAAACAAGUCUCGUCCCGACCCACAGCUCGUCAACCUAAAUCAUCAAAAACCUCUCAAGUAUACAAUCCAAAGGUUGAUCCAAAUCAAGCUUCUUUGCAGGGUAGAGCUACCAAACUGUUAGGGAAAGCUGGUGGCGCAAAAUUCAAGAAGACCGGGGCCAACGAUACGACUUUGGGCUCCAGGGGAGACAAGCAAGUCAGUGGAAACGGAGAAGCCAAGAGUGGAAUGGCCGGUAUCAAAGCACCUGAAAGUUUCGUUUUUGAGGGUUAUAGAGCUAGUGCAAGCAAGGGCAAGCCGAAGGAUCUAAAGUUGGGAGGUAAGGGUGGUGGAAAGAAGAAGGGUAAACCCAGAACAAGAUCGUCAAACAGAGGUGCCGAGUGGAAGAAGCGAGGCUCGAACUUCUCAUUUGCAGGCGAUGAUAUAGAGAUAGAUCCAACUCAAGAUGCUCUUCCAUCUGUCUCCAAGCAAGCUGCAGAAACCGGCACCCUUGCACCACGGAAAUCCAGCGGGGCAUUCCCGGUAGCAGGACAACCACUUUUACCACCGACUUAUCACACUUUAGAGGAAUUUCUAAAGACAUUGCCAUCUCAGAUUGCUUAUUCCACGCUGGCUGUUAAGUUGGAUGAUGGUAAGGAGAUUGGUAUUCCAAGAAGAGAGUUAUGGGAUGUCAGAGCGCAGUUGAUGGCUGAGGAUGAGGGAAAUGGAGAAGGGCUUUUGGGAUUAGGGAAUGAUGAUGUAAAGACUGGGGUUUAUGAGGGAGGGUUCAAAAGUUGGGAGAGCUCUGUGGAUUUGGUUAAGGUUCUCAGUGGGAGAAGUAUUGUUGGGGAGGGGAGGGGGAGAGUUUUAGAGCUUGGUUGUGGAACUGCUCUUCCAUCUCUAGCAGUUUUCCAAUGGUUCCUAGAAAACACAACCUCUUCCACAUCUGGGUUGGAGCUUGGACUUGCAGACUACAAUCCUACAGUCCUACAGCUCGUCACUUUACCCAAUAUUCUCCUUUCCUGGGCACAAAUCACAAAAUCUGAGUCUUGGGAGGCAGAAGGCGAACUCGAUAUCGACGAGGCACUUAUCUCUGAAUUCAUCUCUGGGCUGACUUCUCGCAACAUCAAUAUAUCACUCUUCUCUGGUGCUUGGUCUCCAGACUUUGUCUCUCUAGUCACUGAUAAGUUGCAUCUAUCAUGCGAAAGCACAAUCAUUAUUGGGGCUGAAACCAUUUAUUCUCCAGCUGCUCUGAAAGCGUUUGCUGAAACUUUGAUGGCAUUACUUGACUUAAGCACAGGGUCAAAUAAGACGGCGUUGAUAGGGGCCAAGAAGGUAUAUUUCGGAGUUGGCGGUUCGAUAGAAGAUUUUAUUGAGGAUGUCACAGCGCGUGGAGCUCUUGUAAACCAGGUUAGGGAAGAGUCGGAUGGUGUUAGAAGAGCUGUUAUAGAAGUUGGAAAAGCAGGCUGAAAUUUAAAUUUGUAAUCAUAA